AUGCCUAGUCCUCUCCGGUCCCUCGUUCUGCUUCCUUUCCUCUCCGGCCUUUUUCCGCCAGUAAUCGCCUCAACCCGGAAUCUCCAUGUCCAGGAACCAUAUCAGGCACAAACUCAAGCCCACGGGGCCAUCCUUCCCGCCUCCGUGACCUCCGACGAUGCCUUUCCGUCGUGCGCUGUGAACUGCCCGCUCCUCCAACUGGCACAGACCGACUGUGUGUCUGUGUCUUCGUCUUCAGCGCCCGACGACAACGACAACGACGAUGACGACGAUUAUGUGACGAUCGCUUCGUGUUUCUGCCAAUCUAGCCUGAUCGAUCCACUCCAUAGCGGCCCGGAUGGGGUUUGCGACCAAGUUUGCACUGCCUCCGAUCGCGCCUUGCUCCACGCCUGGUACGGCAGAUAUUGCGCCGGGGAGAAAAAUAUGAAAAGAGAAACAGACAACACAUUGGAGGAUACAGAAAUGGCGCCAAUUCAAAAACUUUCGACCCUGAAGGCGAGAGGCGGGGGUGAUUGGUGGUCAACUCACUACCAAUGGAUCAUUAUGGUCAUCGUCCUCAUCAUUGGCUUUGCCAUCCUCACCGUCCUAGGCGUCUGGCUCAAGCGCCGCCACGACGCCAAAUACCCCCAUCUCUACCACGGCAGCAGUCGAGACAGCAGCGGUCUCCUGCUCAAUCGCCAGCAGCAGUCCGACCCAACCCUCUCUCAGCCCGGUUCCUUCGAUCCGAGUCUCGAAAUGGCCCAGCCUCGUCGCUUUGCAGGCGCGAAUACGGACUCGUUUGCCAGUAGUUCACGCACAGAGGCCACCAAUCCUCGAACUGGACGCGCACCAUCGCGGACUCGACUGCAGCGGCCGAUGCAGUCGCCUAGGAGCAGUGACUUUGAGAUCCGGGUGGCGUCUCCUCGGUAG